AUGACGCCUCUAAAAGAAUGGCGUAUGCAUGAAAACAUCGAUAUUGAUCCAUCUUUAUUGAUAGACUGCAAUAUCAAUAAAUUUAAAAAUCCUAAAAACGUUUCAACAUUCUACGAUGAUGAUAUAUUAAUAUGGUUAGAUAAAUGUAUUCAUGACAAUGAACAAGAUGAUCAAUAUUCAAUUUAUCAACUUCGUCGUUUAAUGAAUUCAUUUCUUAUUUUUACAAAUGAAAAAGAAUGUCUGCAGUUUAUUACUAAUUUUACAACUACAGAGCAUAAAUUCUUUAUAGUUAUAUCCGGUUCAUUAGGUAAAGAUUUAGUUCCGACUAUAAAUUGUUUAUCACAGAUUGAUUCAAUUUACAUUUUCUGUGGAAAGAAAAUUGAACAUGAGUAUUGGGCAAAAAAUUAUGAAAAAGUUAAAGGUGUUUUUAAUAACAUUAAAGAUCUUGGUGUCGAUCUUACAAAUAAUAGACAAAAAUAUGAAUACAGUCCAUCAAAAAUCAAACAUUCGAUAGAUUUAUCAUCGAAGAAACUUUCAUUACCCUGUGAAUCCAAUGAUAUCAUCAAUUUAAACAAUUCUACAUAUAAUAAUUUUCAACCAUAUGACAAUAUUCAAAUAUCAAUUGCAUCAGCUGAUAUUCCAUUUAAUAAUAAAGAAAAUUGUUCAUCGAUAAAUGAAAUAGAAAUAGACAACAAUAUAGAAUCUAGUCGAAAUGUUAUUCCAUUCGUUCAAUAUAAACAACAGAUGGAAUUUUCCGAUAAUGGUAUUUGGCCAUGUGUAUUCGUUAUUGAUCGUGUACGCAAUGAAGUUUUCAACCAUCUUAAUUUGGUUCUCGGAACAGUCAAAUAUUCUAAUUCUAUGGAAAAUUGUUUAGAACAUGUUUGUCAGCAUCGCGAUGAUCCACAUUCAAUCAUUUUAUGUGAUCUAACAAAUAUUGAAUAUUUACCUAUACUAAUUCGUUCUAAUGUACGAAAUAUAUAUAUCUAUUGUCCAAAUACAUCUUUAAAAGAUUAUUCUGUAUGGAAUGAAAGAUACCCAAGUGUUAUUUGUGCAAUGCAACAUAUUGAAACUCUUACUCGUUUGAUUAUUUGGGAUUUAUCUGCUUGUAUUGUAAAUAUUGGAAACUAUUAUAAUAAUCAAAAUCAGAAAACUAUGGCUCAAACUCGAUAUCGAUAUGCAUAUCGUCUUCAUAUUGUUUUUCGCGAAAAUUUAAAUGAUACGAUGCGGAUGUUCGAAAUUAUUGAUCAAUAA